AUGGAGCCACCAUCAAAAAGGACCCGGAAAUUUUUCGAGGACAACGAGUCUGAGAGUGAUGGAGAUAACAAUGGGGUCUCCGGAUUCAAAAUCAACAAGGAAUUCGCUCGGAAAUAUGAACACAACCAGAAAAGAAAGGAACGGGCGGAGUUGCAACGGAAAUUUGCGACUAACGAAGAGGACGAUUCUGAAGAAGAGGAUGAAGAUGAAGACGGCGAACUCGCUACGGAGGCUCUCGAUUCUGAAAUUCAAGCGACUCUGAGCGCGAUCAAGUCCAAGGACCCAAGGCUCUAUGACAAAAAUGUCAAUUUUUAUUCGGAAUUCACGCAGGACGAAACAGCUGGGAAUCAAUCGAAAAAGGAAAAGCCUAUGUACCUCCGCGAUUAUCAUCGACAGAAUUUGUUGAACGGCGAGGCAAACGCUGAGGAUGAAGAGACCCCAAAGACCUUUGCACAGGAACAAGCGGAACUCAAGAAUAGCGUUAUUCGGGAAAUGCACGCCGCUGCUGAUGUGGGUGACGAUGAAGAGGAUGAUUUCCUUGUCGCAAAAUCAAAGCCCGAGCCCGAGACGAAGACCAAAGGUCAGCUGGAUGUUGACAAAGCAGAUCAAGAUCCAGAGAGGUUUCUUUCAGACUUUAUGACCUCGAGAGCGUGGAUACCUACCAAGUCGACUAAAUUCCUGCCGUUUGAAUCUGACGAUGAGGAUCAAGAAAAUAAAGCCGAUGAUUGGGAAGAAGCAUACAAUUUCCGGUUCGAGGAUCCCAAUAAAAUGAACGAACACAUUCAGACGCACGCUCGUGACACUGCGAACCAGCUUUCUGUUCGUAGAGAAGGCGAAAGCGGACGAAAGAAGAAGAGAGAAGCAGAGCGGCAGAAGAAGGAAGGGGAGAAGCGCGAGAGAGAAACCGAGAAGAGCCGGCUUCGCAGACUGAAAAUGGAAGAACUCGAAGAGAAAGUAGAAAAAAUCAAAAAAGCCGCGGGACUCACAGCCGCUGAUUUUACGGAGGAAGAAUGGGCCCAGUUUCUUGAUGGAAACUGGGACGAUGGAGACUGGGAAAAAGAGAUGGCGAAGCGUUUCGGCGAGGAAUACUACGCUGCCGAAGAGGAUGGAAUUAACGAUGGCGGCGAGCCUGGAAGCAAGAAGAAUCGACGUCCCAAAAAGCCUACUUGGGAUGAUGACAUUGACAUCAAGGACCUCGUUCCUGAUUUCGAUGACGAGGCCGAGCCAGGCGUUGAUCUAACUGACGAAGACGCGGCCGAUGAUGUUGACGGGGAAGAAGACGAGGAAGAUGGAGCUACGAAGAAGAAAAAGAAGAGUCAUACGCAAGAAAAGCACGAGAAGAGGCGCUCGGCGCGGAAAGAACGUCGUCGUAUCGAAGAAGCAGUCGAACGGAAUUUGGAACUUGCACCGAAUCUGCUCCCUGGCGCCACCAAGAAGAAUUCUUCACACUUCCGGUACCGAGAAACAUCUCCUCAAAGCUUUGGCUUGACUGCUCGAGAUAUCCUCAUGGCAGACGACACCCAACUGAACCAAUUCGUCGGGUUGAAGAAGCUCGCUGCAUUUAGAGAUCCAGAGAGAAAACGCCGCGAUCAGAAAAAGAUGGGCAAGAAGUCACGACUUCGUCAAUGGCGCAAAGAUACCUUUGGGGAUGAGGAGGGGCCUAAAUUCGAGCUUGUGCAGGAUUCCGGAACCCCUGAUGGACAGAAGCAUGUCCACGGUGGUGACAAGGGCGACGAGAUGGAAGUUGAUAUCCGAGAAGGAAGCUCUGGGAAAAAGCGUAAGAGGUCAAGGAAGCAUUAA